UACCAUUGAGGGGACCCAAAUUUGGCGGGGUAGUUUGUAAUAGUGGGACACAGUGUACCUUGAACAUGGGUCUUGGAGAGUUUAUAUUUGGAGUUUCACCACAGGAAAGGAUGAGAAGAUACAAAAGAGGUAUUGAUAGAGCCAUUCGUGAAAUGGACCGUGAACGAACAAAGUUAGAGCAACAAGAGCGAAAGGUAAAGUCUGAAAUACGAAAGUUAGCAAAGGAAGGUCAAAUGCAAUCAGUAAAAACUUUGGCAAAGGAUUUAGUGCGUACAAGGUCACAUAUUUCAAAGUUUUAUAGCAUGCGGACUCAAAUGCAAAGUGUUUCCAUGCAAUUGACGGCAAUGCGCUCUAACGAAGUCAUGGCAAAAGCGAUGGCGGGUGUGGUAAAAGCUAUGCGUCAAAUGAAUCGACAAAUGAAUCUACCAGAAAUGCAGAAAAUCUUGAUGGAGUUUGAAAAGCAAAACGAAAUAUUAGGAAUGAAACAAGAAAUAAUGGACGAUACUAUUGAUGACACUAUGGGUGCUGAUGAAGAAGAAACAGAGACAGAGCAAGUUGUUAAUCAGGUAUUAGAUGAACUCGGUUUAGAAACAGAAGGCAAGCUGGGUGUUGUUCCACGAGUACAGCUUCAGAAUGGAGAAAAGUCCAAACAAGAAACAGAAGAACAAGAUGAUUUGGAGAGUCGUUUGGAAAAUCUCCGAAAGUGAUUGUUUUUAAAGACGGAAUCUCUUUCAUAUUGUGUCAUUGUUUUCUUUGAUAACUACUCCUAUCUGUACAGUUGUUUGUCACUU